CGCCCAUUGGCCGGCGCCGGGUGGGGCGCGGGCGCGGCGCUGUUGCGCGCGAUCGCCGCCUACUAAUUACAGGGGGAGCGCUUGUUUUCACUAGUAACAUUGCGGUCUCGGCGAGAAGCGACUCACGGUGUUUUCGCUUCGAGUCUUGUGUAAACUAGUCCAUGUUGUGUAUCAUAAUAUCGGUGAUUAGAAUGAAAACAAGAAUCGUAACGGAAUAAUAUUGGUGUUUUAAACCCUCCAAAUCGCCCGACACCCGCAGUGUAUUUCUUUUGUGUGUGUGUAUAUAGACACCCCGGCGCGAUAUGCAUACUUUGUUCAGCGAACACCAGACCGCCUACAAUCGCUACGGCGGCGGCUACUCGACCGCCGUCGGCGGCAAUCCGUACGCCUACGAGCAGUACUCGCGGUACGGCUACGCCGCCUGGCACCACCAGCAGCACUCCCUCAACACCGCCAAGGACAUGGUGAAGCCGCCGUACUCCUACAUCGCCCUCAUCGCCAUGGCCAUACAGAACGCGCAGGACAAGAAGAUCACCCUCAACGGCAUCUACCAGUUCAUCAUGGAGCGCUUCCCCUACUACAGGGAGAACAAGCAGGGCUGGCAGAACUCGAUCCGGCACAAUUUGAGCCUCAACGAGUGCUUCGUGAAGGUGCCGCGCGACGACAAGAAACCCGGCAAGGGUUCGUACUGGACGCUCGAUCCGGACUCCUACAACAUGUUCGACAACGGAUCGUACCUGCGCCGGCGGCGGCGCUUCAAGAAGAAGGACGCGCUCCGCGAGAAAGAGGAGCAGCUGAAGCGCCAGCAGAUCGCCGUCGAAUCGCCGAAUUCUUCGGCGAACAAGCGCGACGAGAAGCCGCUGUUGGACGACGUCGUUGGCAACAAGCAGGCGAAGCUCGAGUGCAAACCGAAGCGGGAGCCCAACGGCGAAUUGAGCCAUUGCAUGAACGCCAAGUACGGGGAUCCCGUCAAGGGCGGCGUCCAUCAGGUGCUCCAGGAGCACCACGUCGGCGUCGGCGACGUGACCGCCGGCCUGCAGGCCAUCGACAAUGCGGCCGCGUUCACCGUGGAUAGCUUGAUGACCAACAGGGAUCAGGCCAUUAGUUAUUCCAAUUCGGCCAGGCUCCAUUCAUCCGGAGGAAUGUACUCGUACUGCCCGACCGCCGCCCCCCAACACCAAUACACCAUAGCCGACGAGGCGACGCCGCGCUACAGCCCCUGGUACAGCCCGGAAACAUCCCCGGAGCCGGCGACCAGCUAUCGCGACAUCAUCUUCGACAACGCCGCCGCCCCCAGCUGCCAGCUGGCCACCUUCAGGCACGCCGGCGUCUCGCCCAGCCCGCCCAACUAUCGCCCGCCCGCCGCCUACUAUCAACCCGACUGCGUCGGCCAGAAGUACUAGAGAUGUCCCACUUCUGAUGAGAGAUGAGAGAUGUCCCACUUCUGAUGAGAGAUGCGAGAUGUCCCACUUCUGAUGAGAGAUGCGAGAUGUCCCACUUCUGAUGAGAGAUGAGAUGAGAUGUCGCACUUCUGAUGAGAGAUGGUAAUUGAUCGGGUUUUGAUUUCGUAUAGGUUUUAUUAGUCGCUUGGUGAUUUUGUGCGUUGGGUACGAUUUACGAAAGACUGACGUUGAUAUUGGAUUUUUUUUACGUGCAAUUGUUCGUACAGGGUGGUUCGGACUAAAUCGUGUUGCCUGGUCGAAUGAAUAUAACGAUCAUCCUGUAUAAAACGGGCCCUAUAUAACGAGCGCGAUUAGGUUUAGGAUUAGAUUGAGAAUUUGCGAUUUUUCCCCCCUUUGAAAUCGAUGUAGGUGUAGAUUUGUUUUGUACAUAAAAUCACGGAUAUAAUUUAUUAUCAAACUACAAGCGAAAAAUUGUCUCAUUUUAAUCUACAUAAAAAAUUAACGAAUAUUUAGUACAUCUCUGCACUGAUAUUAUUUGUGAUACGAAUUUUUUUUAAUUAUUUAAGUCUUGCGAUUUCGACUAUAAUACAGGGUAAAAUAACGGGGCGAUUGAUAUACUAUAGAGUGCUUUUAUAAUUGGACUACCCUGUAUAUACGCGGUUAGUUAAUUGAUUAAUAAUAUUUAGCGAGUAAUUAUACAUAGUGAAAGUUAGUCGAAUUCUAUUUAGGUUGUGUUGAAUUCCAAACAACGUAAAAUGCAUUUAAAAAUCGCGUAUUGAACGAUUUUCGCACCGAUCGAAAAUAAUUCGAUACCCAAUCGAUACUUAAUCGAUACCUCUUCAUCCCAGUAUAAACUGUAUAUACGAUAUAUUGAAUUUUUUGUAAAAUAUGUAGAUGUUUCCGAUUUAUUAUUAUAUUGCAUAGCGUUAAAAAUAAACCUGUAAAUUAUUUAUUUCGAAUUAUGUGAAUAUAUAGGUACCUGUGAAUUUUAA